AUGAUCUCAGACCGAACUGGAUGUAGAAGACUGAGCCUGACUGGAUGCAGCAAAACAACAUAUGGUCGGACUGACAUGAAAGGGGCAUUAUGUGAUGCAGGGACUGUGGAAAUUAUAGGACCAAUUGCAUCAAACUUGGAGGAUGUGAUACUUGUGUAUUCCGCAAUUUUGGGCUCCUCUCCUGCUGAUAGAAUCAGUUUAAGGCCGGCCCUCCCUUGUUUGCCAAAUUUAUCAUCAUAUGAGAGUUCAAAUGCUUUGGGAUCAAUGCGAUUAGGGAAGUAUACAGAGUGGUUUAAUGAUGUAUUCUCAACUGAUAUUUCUGAAAAGUGUGAAAGCAUUCUUACUCUACUUUCGGAAAAGCAUGGGUGCAAAGCAAUGGAGAUUGUGGUACCUGAGCUGGCUGAGAUGCGCUUGGCUCAUAUUGUUUCAAUUGGUUCUGAAUCAUUAUGCUCAUUAACUCCUGACUGUGAGGAUGGGAAAGAUGGGAAACUUACUUACGACACUCGCACUAAUCUGGCCCUUUUCCGGUCAUUCUCAGCUUCAGACUAUGUUGCUGCCCAGCGUCUUAGACGAAGGUUAAUGUACCACCACAUGGAGAUCUUCAAGAAGGUUGAUGUCAUAGUGAACUGGGUUUUCAUCAUGACAGCACCUGUAAUACCUCCAAAAGCUCUUGAAUCUGGGGAGUCAAAUUUGGAAGUUUCAGGUAAUCUCAUGCGAUUUGUUUUAGCAGCAAAUCUUCUUGGACUCCCAGCCAUUUCUGUCCCUGUUGGAUAUGAUAAACAAGGACUGCCGAUAGGAUUACAACUAAUAGGCCGUCCAUGGGCUGAAGCUUCAAUUUUGCGUUUAGCUGCGGCAGUGGAGGAACUCUGUUCUGAAUCUAAGAAGAGGCCUCAGUCAUUUUAUGACAUUUUACUGGGAACUAAAGAAACCAACGAGGGGUUCACUUCAUGCCUGCCACGCACACGGUUUACUUGCUUUGGAAUCUCGAGCCUGCUCAUGGCAAUGGCUGUCCCUUUCAUAUCAUGUUUGAACAUUACAUUUUGUAUAUAUUCUUUACCUUUUAUCAAACUUCAAUUCAAUUAUACAAACCCUGCUCAACGAAGAUUAUGACGUGUAAAUUACAGGUUGCUAUUAGCUGCAAGUAA